GUUCAGCGCUUUUACAUACAGCUCCUAACUGCCUACGAUCGACCUGGUCUUUCUGAGUAUCUGAGAGCUGUUUUGCCUAAGCUGCCCGGUGAAGAAGCGGAAAUAUUCAACAGUUUCGUGGCCAAGCUUUCUAAUAUUUCUGAGGAACAGGCUGCUAUAACCCAAAAAUCUGGGGAGCCGGGCACCUCUGUGUCCCCACAUUUGCUUGACUUCUCCGGUCUUCGACUGGACUGGCUUCGUCUCCAAAUUUAUCUAUUUAUUCCAACUUCACCCCUUAACCUAGUUGAUAAUCGGCGUCUUGUAGAGCAUAUGCACUCAACUAUCUUUCAUACUAAACUAGUCGACUAUUUGGAUGAACUCCUGCGCCUCGUCUGUGAUCUUUCGAUUUUCCACUUUUAUCCAGAAAUACACACAGAUUUCUUCAACCAAUGUUUGCGUAAUCCCAGCCAGCUGAGAUUUGCCAUAGUCUUCCCUAGCCUUUGUGCUCGAUUUACUAUGGCAUGUCAUGAUCUUUGCCCCGAAGAACGAGCUAUUAUCGGCCAAGUAGCAGUACGUAUGGCAGCCAACCAGUGCCAAGUAUUGGCUGAACGGGUCUGUCUCUACUUGCUGGCUCGAGUCGACAAAUUUGGGGAACUAGCAGAUCAAUUAGCCCCACAAAACGGUGUUCAAUUGCUUAUUGAAGACAAGCCAACAGGAAAAAAAAAGAAGCAUAAAAACAAGAGCAAUUAUCGUGGCCAUGCUACUUUUUUAAAUGGUCUGAAUGGAGGCCUUGGUGGAGGCAAUACUGGUAACAGUGGUAGUCAGAGCGAUUCUAAGCGAGUUCGCGGGGUAGCUCCUGGCCCCAAUGGCUUUGGCGUAGGUGAUUUGCCCGGAUCAGAGAGUUUCCGGCGCAGCCGCGAAGAGCAAACACCUUUCGACAAAACACUGUUUACCCUCAGCCAGCUUUGUUUCACUGUAAAUCACCACUGUGAAUUGCAUGUCUUCGAUCAAGUGAUAGUACCCCGCGAAAUUCUACAACUGGAGCUACAGACUCAGCUUAUAGAAGUGCUAAGCAAGUACACGACUUUGGUGUAA